CUCUGUGUCACCGGGGCGCGCAAGUUAUUGUUUAAUCAAUAAAUCAUUAAAAUUGUAUUUUUAAGUUAGCGGUUUUAUGUAUGAUUGGAUAAAAGUAAAGUUUGUUAGAAUUGCCUAUUUGUAAAAAUAAAUUUGCCAUAUGAGCAAAUCUAAGGUAUCAGCAGAAUGGAAGAAACGAGUAAAGACGGAGUACAUGCGCCUUCGUCAAGUAAAGAGAUUCAAGCGGGCUGACGAAGUGAAAGUGGCAUGGGCUCGGAAUUUGCGUUUAAUGUCCGAGGCAAUAGAAUCUCGCGAAAAUGAGUUUUCAGAGCGUGGACGUCGACCGUUCUGGCCUCCUCCUGCACCAAGCUCAAGCCAUGAGACUCUUAUGAAGCGAGCUGAAAUUACACAUACGGAUGGUACAGGCGUGGUAACAACACAGCAAGUACCAAUCAGAAUAAUAAAUUCUGUUAAUCCAAUACCAACCAUGUAUACCUGGGCGCCAACACAAAAGAACUUUAUGGUCGAAGAUGAGACUGUACUCCACAACAUUCCAUACAUGGGAGAUGAGGUGCUGGACCAGGAUGGUACAUUCAUCGAGGAGCUCAUAAAGAACUACGAUGGGAAAGUGCAUGGUGACAAAGAAGGUGGUUUCAUAGAUGAUCAGCUUUUUGUAGACUUGGUUCAUGCACUAGUAGCUUAUCAGACGAAGGAAGAAGUUGCUGAGGAAAGAAAGGAGAGGGAAUUGCGUAAUUCAAAAGAAGAGAAAGAGAAGGAAGCUCCAAAGGACCAAGAGGAAAAGGACAAGGACAAGAAGGAAGUCAAGGACGGCGAAAAGAAAAUUAUACACGAGAAACAGUUCCCGAUAUUCAUCAUCUUCCAGGCCAUCGGCUCCCAAUUCCCGGACAAGGGGACCGCCCAGGAGCUCCGAGAGAAGUACAUCGAGCUGACGUCCCGCAGCGACCCCAACGCGCUGCCGCCCGAGUGCACGCCCAACAUCGACGGGCCGCUGGCCGAGUCCGUGUCGCGCGACCAGACCAUGCACUCCUUCCACACGCUCUUCUGCCGCCGCUGCUUCAAGUACGACUGCUUCCUGCACCGCCUACAAGCGUGUCACCCGCGACCGAAUCUAACCAAGCGGAAGGGCCCAGACCUGAAGCCCUUCUCCGAGCCGUGCAGCCCGAGCUGCUUCAUGUUGCUGGAGGGCGUGCGCGAGCAGCUGGCGCGCGAGGCGGCGGACGACAAGCCGCUGGCGCUGGACUCGCCCAACGACGCCUCCUCCGAGGACAGCAACGACAGCAACCGCUACCAGAAGGGUAGCAACAGUAACUCCAGCAACAGCAACUGGAGCACGAAUGGAAUCAACAAGCCCGCCGACUCUCCGGCAGAAGCGACUUAUAAUGCCCUCGGCCUGACCGUGGGCGACGAAUCCGAGUGGACGGGCUCGGACCAGUCGCUGUUCCGGUCGCUGCACAAGGUGUUCCCGGCCAACUACUGCGCGAUCGCGCAGGUCAUGCUGUCCAAGACCUGCCAGCAGGUGUACCGGCACUGGACGGAGACGGGCCGCGAGAGCUGCGGCGUGCAGGCCGAGUGCACUCCGCCGCGCAAGAAGAAGAAGAAGCACCGCCUGUGGUCCGUGCACUGCCGCAAGAUCCAGCUCAAGAAGGACUCCGCCUCGCACCACGUAUACAACUACACGCCGUGUGAUCACCCUAACCAGCCCUGCGACAACAUGUGCCCCUGUCUUCAGUCACAGAACUUCUGUGAGAAGUUUUGUCAAUGCAGUAGCGACUGCCAGAACCGCUUCCCCGGCUGCCGCUGCAAGGCGCAGUGCAACACGAAGCAGUGCCCGUGCUACCUGGGCGUGCGCGAGUGCGACCCCGACCUGUGCACGGCGUGCGGCGCCGACGCGCCCGCGCCGCCCCUCGCGCCGCCGCUCGCGCAGCGCCUGCCGCUCUACUGCCGCAACGUCUCCGUGCAGAGGGGCCUGCACAAGCACCUGCUGCUGGCGCCGUCGGACGUGGCCGGCUGGGGCAUCUUCCUCAAGGAGGCCGCGCACAAGAACGAGUUCAUCUCGGAGUACUGCGGCGAGAUCAUCUCGCAGGACGAGGCGGACCGCCGCGGGAAGGUCUACGACAAGUACAUGUGCUCCUUCCUGUUCAACCUCAAUAAUGAUUUCGUGGUGGACGCGACUCGCAAGGGGAACAAGAUUCGCUUCGCCAACCACUCUAUCAACCCGAACUGUUACGCCAAGGUGAUGAUGGUGAACGGCGACCAUCGCAUCGGUAUUUUCGCCAAGCGCGCCAUACAGCCUGGAGAGGAGUUGUUCUUCGAUUACAGAUAUGGACCAACAGAACAGCUGAAAUUCGUUGGGAUCGAAAGAGAGAUGGAAUUUUUAUGAGAACAAACCAAGCAAAGACCAGAAUGACCAAAAUGUUGGUCUAAAAGUGACUGAUAUGUCGUGUCUGGUUAAACUGUUAUGGUGACAAUUUCAAGUUGAUUUUCAUUUGUUUUCAUGGACUAACUGUUACUUUCAAGAUUAUAAGUAGACUUAACUAUUUGUUGAUCUGAGAUGGGAGUAUAGUUGGGAAAUUUAAUUAUAAGGAUUUUUUUCUACAUCAUAAUGUUGUAUUGUAACUUAUUGGAUUAUAUAGAUUAAGUUUUAUUGUUAAGUAUAUAUUGAUUGUUAUUUACAAUUAAAAAUGUAAUUCGGAUUUAGCAACCUUUACAAUCUCAACAUUUUUUAUG